AUGAGUUCUGAAAAGCAAAUCAUCAAUGAUCACUCAAGAAUGCGAGCGAUCUUUAUUGGAGAAUACGGUGUAGGAAAGACAUCACUCAUGAAAUCACUAAAAGAUGAUUCAUAUCAAGCUGAUAUUCAUUUUUCAAGUGAUUAUUACACGCCAUCCAAAGUUGUUGAACGGAACGGCUUGAAGAUAAAUGUUUUAAUGUGGGAUACAUAUGAACAAGAAAGGUUUAAAUCACUAGGAAAGAUUUAUUUUCGUGGAACACAUAUUACAUUUAUUAUUUAUGAUAAGACUAAUAAAGAAAGCUUUGAUGCUAUUCCUGAAUGGAUUCACACUGCUGAUGAAAGAUGUGGACCAGAAAUCAUCAAAAUUUUAAUAGGAAUGAAAGUUGAUGACAAAGAACAUGAAGUUAUCACAUAUGAUCAAGGUAAAGCUAUUGCAGACCAAUUCAAUAUCCCUUUCCUUGAGCUUUCUUCUCAACAACCUUCAGAGAUUAAUGUUAUUGAAUUUGCUGUUGAUAGAGCUCUUGAAAAACAUAUCGAAGGCGAACAUGUAACUUAUACUCCUUAUGUUCCACACUGGUAUGAUUGUGCUUGCUAA